UGCUCGCGUACAAUUCUUAUUGUGUUUGGAAAGGCGAAAGUGUGGAGCGUAAAAUGGUGAAUUCGUCAAUAUUUACGUGAACUGAUUAGUGAGGGAGGAUUCCGUUGGUAAACACCGUUGAAGACGAGACGUCUGUCGCAACGGUACUACAGAGAAGGCCAGAAUUGACCUGUUCACCACGGUUGGAAGCUCACAUCACUCUUACUGUUUAUUUCAUACUUUUCCGUUUUCUGCUGUAGCUAAAAGGGAAUUAAUAAUUUAUAAAUUGUACAACUCUUACGCGGAUAGGAGAGCUCAGCAAGCGUGGCAUCUGGCUCGGACUCUCCUCGAGACCGGGUUAUACAAGAAGGCCCCGGGAUGAGGUGACUUUUCGAAACGAGCCUUUUGUUCGACGAAGGCACAUCCAAGACGCGGGGUCAAAAUGAGACACGAAAGGGCAAGGGCGCUGGAGGACGGCGGAGAAAGAAGGGCGGACGAGACAAUGGGCUAACACAGCAAGGUGCAGACCAGACAAGCAUGAAGGAGAUGGUAGGGGGGUGCUGUGUUUGUUCAGAUGAGAGAGGGUGGGCUGAAAACCCACUCGUCUACUGUGAUGGUCAAGGAUGCACUGUGGCGGUACAUCAGGCUUGUUACGGGAUAGUGACUGUACCGACUGGACCGUGGUUUUGCCGGAAGUGUGAGAGUCAGGAGAGGUCAGCGAGAGUGAGGUGUGAGCUGUGCCCGAGCCGGGACGGUGCGCUGAAGCGGACGGACAACAAUGGUUGGGCGCACGUGGUGUGUGCGCUGUACAUCCCCGAAGUGCGCUUCGGGAACGUGACGACGAUGGAGCCCAUCAUCUUGCAGCUCGUGCCCCCGGAGAGAUUCAACAAGGUGUGCUACAUCUGCGAGGAGCAGGGCAAGGCGGGGCCCGGCGGCAACGGCGGGCGCGCGACCGUGGGCGCGUGCAUGCAGUGCAACCGGUCGGGCUGCAAGCAGCAGUUCCACGUGACGUGCGCGCAGGCGCUGGGGCUGCUCUGCGAGGAGGCGGGCAACUACCUGGACAACGUCAAGUACUGCGGCUACUGCCAACACCACUACUCCAAGCUGAAGAAAGGUGGCAACGUGAAGACGAUUCCCCCCUACAAGCCGAUCCCGGCUGCCGGAGUGUCUCCCAGCUCGUCGCCGGAGAAGGAGCUCGUCAUCGACACCUCGGCCAAAGCGACUGGGACGAAGCGGAAGACGGCGUCCGGCAUCACUUCCGGCGGCCCGUCCUCGGGCGGUGCGGUAGGCGCAGCGGCAGCAGGCGGAGUGAAGCCCGCGGCAUCCCCCACCGUGCCGGGCAGCGUGUCCAAGGCCGGCAGCGGGCGCGCAGCCGAUGGCUCGAGUCCCCUGGCGGUGGCGGGACCCGCGGCGGAGCUGCUCGUCGUGGGAGGGGACUCGAAGGACGGGCUGAAGUACGCGCCGGGGCUCGUCGCCAGCGGGUACGAGACGGACGGCCCCACGGGGAAGAAGAGGAAGACGGGUGGCCGGCGGACGCCGACUGCCGCCUCGGAGAGCCCCGCCGCGUCGACGCCGACUCCGCCCCCGGACGUUGGGGUGGGGCCGGUCCUUCCCGGGGAGGUGGUGCCGGAGGUGGUCGGCGGCCGGAAGGUGAAGCUGGAGGUGGGCGCCAACGUGACGGUGGGCGGCGGGGGCGGGGGCGCGGUCCCGCCGGGGGCGCAGCCUCCGUCCGUCGUGGUGCGGUCUCCCAACGUCAUCGCCACGGCGGGGGGCCCCGUUCCAGGUGGCGUGUCGAGCCCCCACCAGGGCAUCGUGGUGUCGGUGCCGCUGUCGGCCGCCAGCGCGGCCGUGCCCGCGGCCGCCCCCGUCUCCGCGGCAUCCGCCGCACCCGCACCUCCGCCCGUGGCGGACGCCGCGGCGACGUCGUCGAACCCGACGCCUCCGCCGCAGGGUCCGCCCGCGCCGCAGCCGACGCUGUUCCAGCAGCUGCAGCAGUCGAUGGCGCACUCGGCGCACCACAUCCAACCGCCGCAGCCGUCGCCCCCGCCUCCGCGCCACACGCCGUCGCCGCAGCAGACGUCGACGCUCGUCAUGGUGGAAGAGCCGCAGCCGGCCCACCACCACCCGGCCAAGAGGCAGAGGUCGCAGUCGACGGAGAAGCCGGGGACGUCCGCCUCGACCCCACCGGUCGACACGAAGUCGGCGGCGCCGGUCGCCGUAAAUCGCAGCGGGAAACCGCGCCGCGGGAUGGGCGGGAGCAGCAGUCUCCCGUCCGCCCCCACGGUGGCCCCCGUCACCAAGAGCCGGCGCGGGGGCGGCGAUCCCACCCCUCCCCCUCUGCCCGUCAAGGAGUCCCCGCCGAGCAGCCCCGGGUCGGAAAGCGCGCAGUCGGCGCCCGCCGCCUCGUCGUCGCGCAGGUCCUGCACCGUCAGCAGUGCCGCCGCCGCCAAGGCGGCCCUUCCCGUCGCCGGCGUCAGUCGUGCCCGCCGGGAGAAGGACGAGCGGGACGUCAAGCCUUUCCAGAAUGGAGUGUCGGCGCCGCACAUGCUGGGCAACCAGCUGAACCCCGCUUCGACGAUGGCGCAGAAGAUGUCGGACACGCUGUCGGCAGAGCUGGAGGCGCACGGCAACGCGUACGCGCCGGCCGACUCGAGCAACUCGUCGCUGGUGGGGCCGCCGCUGCACUCAAGGGUCAUCGCUUCGGCGCGGUCGGCGGCGGCGGCGAACGGGCAGCCGGGAGUCGGCGGCGGCGGGGCGGCGGCGGCGGCAGCUCCGGGCACGGUGCCGCAGAGCCUGGACCAGCUGCUGGAGCGGCAGUGGGAGCAGGGCAGCCAGUUCCUCAUGGAGCAGGCCCAGCACUUCGACAUCGCCAGCCUGCUGUCGUGCCUGCACCAGCUGCGUGCCGAGAACCUGCGCCUGGAGGAGCACGUGAGCUCGCUGCUGCAGCGCCGCGACCACCUGCUGGCCGUCAACGCCCGCCUCGCCAUCCCACUCGCCUCGCAGCCGCCGGCGCAGGUGAACAACGUGCACCCGCAGCACGGCGGGGCGGUGGGGGCGACGCCCGCGCCGGCGCCUCGCCACAACAACAGCUACCUGGCGCCGCAGCACUCGCACCACCACCAGCACCAGCACGCGCACGCCGGCCCGUCGCCCGCACCCGGCCCGUCGCCGGGGCCGCCGCCCGCGCACCCGGGCAUCGUGGAGAACGGUCUGCCCCCGGAGCCGUACCCGCAGCCGCAGCCCCAGCCCCAGCCGCACCGGAACCCCUCGCCCAGCGUCAGGGCGAGUGUCCACCAGGCGGCGCCCCCGCAGUACGCGGCCUACCAGCCGGCACCGCCCCCGCCGCCCACCUCCAGCCCCGCCUCUGCCGCAUCCCAGAUGAUGCGGCGCGACAGCGGGGGUAGCCUCCCCGACCUCCACCACCCGCUGCCCCCAUAGUCCGAGCGGUGGGCGGCGCAGCCGGGGGCGGAGAAGCGCGUGUGGGGCGCACUGCUGCUGCCGUCACCGCCGCCGCCGCCGGGGCCGCGCUCCCCGCCCCCGGGGCUCUGGUGACCGGGGGCGGCGCGCACUCGCCGCCGUCGGCCGCACUGCCGCCGCCGACUCACUUCGGCACCUCUCGCUAAAUAUUCAGUACAACGUUUUGCUCUGGUAGCGAACUAGUGAAGAUGACGUGCAAACAUUUCUUAUCGUUAGUGCCGUAGUAUAGUUCUGCUAGCCUGUUUUUGUAGAUGGCAUUCUUCUGUAAUGUGUAAAGAGGAAAGCUUAAACGUGGAUCGUGUCAGAAAUUUGCUCGUCACGUCCGGAUACGUUAUUCUCACUGUAAUUUUUUUCACUACGAUAUGUAUUCUUUCUGUUUCUCGUACUUUUUCUAAUGACUGAGGUCUGCUUUCUCCUUUUCCUGGGCCCAACUUUUGCAUUUGUGUAGUUUUUUAUUCUGCGGGGAUUCGAGAAAAGUAGACGAGUGUCACGUACGUAAGUGGAAUUCUCACUCUGCCCAUUCACUCCUAAUUCUGACAUCCCAUUUGUCCCGGCUCGUAAUUUGAAGGCCGUUUUGUCGGGCACGCAUUUAUGAAGUAAGUGAAAUGUUUAUCGGAUUUGUUGGGUGUCGUGAAAUAGACUCGUUACCGUAAGGUGUUUCAUCUGUACUAAAGAAUGGACACUUCGUAUGUGUCUAUCGCGAAGAGUUAAGUGUUGCUUUCAUUAUGGCUGCUAAAGAUAUGAAGUCUUUUCUUUUAUUAUAAAAUAUGAGCUAGUUUCCUUUUAUUAUACAGAAGUGAAAGAUUCGUAGAUAAAAAUGUAAAAGUUCUACGAGGAGCGAAAAUAUCCCGGAAUUGGGCUUCAUUUUAAACACAGUAUUUUUGAGAAACAGCCUAUGCAUUUUCCAUCAUCUAGCAGUGUUCAGCUGCACGUAUCACGUUUAUUGCGCAAUGAUGUUGCUUAAAUCAGGGAUGUUAUACUUACUAAUGUGUUUCCAAUCUGCUAACUAGCUGUGUGCCGGUUGUAAAAAAAUAAAAUAUUUCUAGACAUUCUUUAUUUUUAUCGUUUUUACUUGUACACUGGUGGGAUAUUUUGCAGUGUUACCACAUUGUACACCUCACCUCGGGUCUUCAUUUGCCCUUUCUUCUUCUUCUUCUUCUUUUUGAUUGUGACCCCUGUCAGCAAUAUUUGAGAGCAUGCAUAAAUUUUUCUGGGACUGCCUCUUUUGAGAGGGCUGCCGCUUUUGAGUGUCUUCGGUCGCUUCUGAUGGAUUGAAGUUUUGUAAAGUCUUGAGCUUCUCUACAGAAAUGUAAUUUCCACUGUCUGGAGUGUACUAUAGUCCUUUGCUCUUGUUAUCCAAAUUUCCCUACUGCACAAAAAUAUCGAGCUAAAAAUAAAAAAGUAAUUUGUGUGUCUUUUGUAUAGAGUUCCUCAUAGCUUUUGCACUUACCUGGCAAACUAGCUUCACUAUUCCUUCUUUUAAUGUAGGAUGACACAUUUCUUCUUCGGAUACGGAAAAUUCGGUGCAAAGAAGUAAAUAAAUGAAAUAGUGAAGGCCCGAUAUAUUGUUCUUAGGGAAACGUCGAGUAAGGGAUGGACACAGAUUAGUGUUUCCUGUACAAUAGUCACAUCCUAGCGUCGUUAGUUUGUUCUGAGGUGAAAACGGAACUUCGACAUCACUUCACACCUCGGUGAUACUUGUCACUGUAUCACACACAGCUGCCAACUGUUCGAGAUUUCCUCUUUAAUUCACCACUCGAGAACGUCGACGGUGGGUUGCCGUGCGUCGAAAAAUGGAUUUGAUAAAAUGGAAUGCCAGAGGUGACUGCACAUUGGGCACAGCCGAGGUAUCAGAGUGAAAUAGUGGUACUGUAGUAGAGGGUGCGAAGGAAACAGUGCGCUACACUCGACAAAAGAAAGGACUCGUGCUCAGUAUUGCGACAGAGCACUCGAUUCAGGAGUUAGUGCCGAGGGAGCAUUACGCGUUGUCAGUUGCAGAGCACAUAAGAAAUCGAUUGCAGGUACUGAACACCACAGGUCCCCGUCUGAUCUUACCUUCGCAUCUCUUACCGAGCCACGUCAUUCUGAGCAACUUCAGAAAAUAUAUAUGAACUCGCAGAAAAUACGGUGUAGCCAAAUCUCAAAACAUCGCAAAGGGAAAGAUCGGCACGGGAACGAGCAAUUACUUGCAGUAGGUUAACGUGUUAAGUCAGUGCGAGUGUAUACGAUCGAAAGCGAGGAACUUAACUGUGUGUUCGACUGAAGCUCUGGCACAGUGCAGUGACCCGAGGGUAGAAAUCCCACCCGAUCCUAUCCUCCUGUUCCCCAGGUCCUCUCCUCACCACAGAAUGGCAGAGUGAAGCACUGCGUGCCGUGUAUUCCUCGUACCGAAUGUGAGUCUCACCUCUUCCACUCGACACUCUCCCUGCUGCGGACUGUCUGUUAUUUGGUAAUUCACUCACAAGUAUUUUUUUUUCUCUAAUUGAUCCUUUACUGGGCCCAGGAAAAGGCCAUUUGUACAUUAAUCUAAUGUAACUCUUUUGUGCCCUCGUGGUACUGUUUUGAGAGCCUACGUGCGUUUCUAAUGAGAGAUUGCUGUGUUUGUAUAUUUCCAGUAUUUGCUGUACUGUGUAAUCGGACGUACUGUUAAGGUGAGUCUCUUCGAGGAGGAGAAGAGAGGAGGAUAAACGAUUUAAAACCUCAGGGAUAAAUGACGUAUUUGUAUCUCGCUGUGUGCCUCACUCUACGCGGAAGUAUUAGGUGUACGAAUCCGUGUCCGUCAUCUCGGUCUCCCGAAUAGUAGUGUUAAGUAAUGUCUAGUAGAACGGUCCGACUUCACGGAUCUUGCCGACAGUCGGGUGUGUUUGUUGGCAGAAAACUUCAGGGAUUAUUUUAAAAAAAUGUAAAAGUGAUGAUUAUUUAGCUAUCGUCCAUUUUAGGGAAUGCCUGUAGAGCCUCAACUUCGAACGUGGGGUAGAACAGUCCAAAAUGCGAACCUCUCGGAAGUGCCCGAGGCACGUCGUGUCGUCCGUGUGUAGGUCAGGUGCGGGAAACGGGCAGUGGCUGUUAUUUGGCAAUUCACGCGAUAGCUCGCCGCUGGCACCUUCGGGUUAAAGGUGACAUCGUGCGAAGUGUAUUUCUCAAAUUACAAUAUAGGUGUAGUUCGUCCUGCCUCCGAUUUUGAGCCAGUAUUACUUCUCUCGAGGGUGUAAACUCGAACAGAAAUCCUCACCGUAUUGAGAUUUUCCGGUUGUAGAAACUGCAAUGCCUCACUCUGCCAAAGUAAAGUUCGAGGUCGCACGCGCCAGAAGGGACGAGAAUCGGGAACUCGACACGAGUGCGAUUUUACAGUGACCGAAACGGGCACGAAGGUGGUGCUCUAAAUUUCUAAGUCAUUAAAAAUACUAAACACAUUACUCGGAGGAAAAUACGGCACGAUGGUACAUUACAUUUGUUAGCAGUCUUUUUAAUCGGGGCGAAUCGGUGACCGAGUUAUGGACGACCGAGUGUUCGCCGGCAUGCCGAAACUGCGAGCUGAGGAGCUCGACUGUGGAAUAAAAUGUGUACACUUCACAGGUAGUGAAGUCGGCGAAGGAGCACGGGUCGAAAAUAAAACUGACGUGUGGAACCUGGGACAUUUCUGUCCCGAGGCACGAGUUUCAUCUCCGACCGGCACUCUCGUGCUGGCAGUAUCGCCUGCGAAGUGUGCUCACCUUACUCCACAGUACGGCUUUGGAAUUCACACUUCUGGCAUUUCGGCGCAGGAACGGGCACGGUUGCACACGGCGACCGUCGUCGACGAUUCGAUUCGGAGGCAGUUCGCAGUCAGUACGUCACAGAGAGAAGUGUCGUCACCACGGGUAGGCGCCAGAGUAUCCCCUCUUCGCGAAAACUUUCGUAACUUGCGAGACGUGCCGUGCCGUUCGGUUCCCAAACUCCCCACAAAAAUGGUGGCUCGGUGUCAGCGAUUGGGAAGAACUCUUCGAAAAGUCGGCCUCGAGUGAGCUGGAGUGACUGGCCAAACAGGUAGUUAGCUAGCCGGCUGGAGCUCCCCUUUCACUCCCAUUUGCAGCCGCUGCCGGUUCCUGUUGUGUUAUCUGCAUUUACCUUACAGAAAAGGAUUUGCGAGUCGGUUCCAUCCUCUGCGGCCCGGAGCUACCGGUUGCAGAUUCUCGACAGGUUAACCGAGGUACGGGUUUACUUUUCUCUAUUAAAAGUGCAGAACUUAUUGUUUACUCUUUGACAGAUUUUGUUCCACUUUCUGCCUGAAAAUUACAUCUCCACAAAUGAUAAUUUUUUUUCAGUUUGCCGUCGGUAUAGGUCUACAUAUUUUUACCCUACACUCGCAUUUAAUUGUGGCGGGCGGAAGCAUUUUUGUCGACAUUCGUCAGUCUGUCUCACGUCCCUCUCGUAAUACGGAAAUGUCGGAUUUUUGCUCACCAUCCACUUUCUUAUUUCGGGACUACACGCGAUAGGACAGUACACCGUACCUCGUAGAAGUAACUGUCGCACGAAUGGCGCACCGUGUCGCCGUACACAUUCUGUAAUGUCGUUUCUCGGUCUAAUUGUAAUUGUACUGUUGUGUGAAUGUGUGAAGAAGGGGGGCAGUGUAGUGUCAGAUCUCGACUCCACCCGUACGACACGUUCCGGUGUAACGUGUAGUGUCGCGGCCCAAUGUAGGAUUCCUCUCGGUCACAAUUCGAGUGCCACUUUUCUUCUGUUGUGUGAGAAGCCAAAAUCUGCUGCCCCUGUUCCCCUUUAUUCUCGUUUCCACCUGUCAUUCUCUUUACCUGGCAGAAGACUGCUUUAAAGAAGUGGAGGUCGUCCAGUAAAUAAGGGGCAGGUGUGUCGCUCCAGUUGUGGCAAGGGAGGUAUUUUGAGCAGAGCUAGGACCACUCUGUACUGUUCGGAACAAAAAUAAAAUUGUGUGUGGAGCUCGUGGCCUUCACACACUGUCUGUUAGUAAUCCAAAUCUGUGACAGGAAACUGUAAUUGAAAAGAUUCAUUUUGGGUUUGCACACUGUAGCAUCUAGAACACAGUGUAAUUGAUUACGAAUUUCUAGAAACCCUAUGAAAGACACACAAAAACGUAAUGUGCUCCGAAGACAUUCCAGUACCGCAGAUGAACUUAUGCGAGCUAAUAAUUGGAACAGAGUAUUUUGGGGAAAAAAGCAGAACAGCAUUUUGCAUCCUAACAUAAACCUUUUGUGGUAGGAAUUUUGUGGGGGCUGUAGAUUUUUGCUGUUCUGCCGGAAAAUGGGGAGAAUUGUUCCGAUCGGUUCUGCAAUGUAUUCCGCUCUUUCUGAAAUGUCGGGCACUGAAAUACUUAUACAGUUACCGCAGUGUCUGUGAAACAUAUUCUAUUACUUCGAGGCGUGGGCUGUCGACAGGUGUCACUUUCUUUUCCAGAUCUGUCAGAUAAUUGUAUCCUCAGCUUUUACCCGCAAGCCCAACUGUUCACGGUAUGACGGUUACUUUACUGAUUCGAUAAAUGUUCACUGUUGCGUACGUACUACCUGUGCAGAUGCCGUACUGAUGAUUUUGUACAAAAUGAGAGGCAAAUUUGAUGGAAUAUAACUAAAUAUCUGACCAUUAGUUUGUACACAAAAGUCUGACAAUAUAUAAUAAAUGCUCAAUAAGAUAGAAAGAAACAGUAUAGAAGUGAGUGUUACAGGAAGAGAAUAUUAGUAGAGAAAAGGGUGAACCAGUUGUUACAGUAAUCCGAAUUUCUCUCGUUUGAAAUCAGCUGUAUUAUUGAUGCAGUCUUAGCAAAAUUUUAGUCCCCAGUCAAUAAGUUUUGAUGCACACUUAUUAAAUAAUGGAAGACAGUAUUUCAAACGUUUGUAUACUUGUCGAAUAAAUUUGUACACCACUGUUAUAAGACUGCAGAAUUUUUGGAAGUGAACUCCUCUGUAGUCUGCUCGUUGUAUGGGAAUCAGUUUGACUGAAGUGAAGUGUGUAAUAUUAGAUACUCAAUUUCGUGUAAACAGAGAUUGAAAUUUUAAUAACCAGUCGCGUUAAAAUUCGGUGAAACUAAACCUUUGCGGACAGAGAUAGUAUAGGUGGGAGCAGAAAUUGCGAUCUCAAAAUUGACGCAACACGCGCUCCUAUAAUACUGGAUGACCUCUGUACCGUGCAGUUCUACUGGGUCGGAUAGCCUCAAUUUUUCUUAUGUGACAGCAAAUGUUUACAAACAAUGUAAUAAAUUAUUUUUAAAGCCAGUACGGCUAUUUUUUAUAGUUACAGUAACUGCAUAGCAUUGUACAAUUGAAGUAUGUUCGUGUUUGCCCUCCUCAUACGAGACAUGUAUGUGUGUACGUACGUAUGUCCCCCACUGUCUCUCUCUGUGCCCUUCACGUGUGUCGAGUCUGAAUGUCUCCGUGCUGACUGUGUCGGCAGUGGAGUGUAUACUAUUACUGUCAAGUGGUAGCUAGUGACCUUUUUUCAUCUCUCGAUCUUACGCCUAAUGUGUGUUUGAUGGUCUGUUUUAGAAAAGUUAGGUAAAUGUAAUUGUGAUGAACGUGUGUUCUUUGAACUUUGUUCUAGGUUUUAAAAUGUUUCCUUUUUUGUCAUUUUUGUGUCCUUUGGUACUAGGUGUAAAUAUUCAUUGAACAAUGUUCUGAUAUGAGAUGUGAAAUAAUCUUUUUUUAAGUUGUACAUAUGGACAGCAAAUUUGUCCUUUAGUGAGAAUAUUCUAUUACAAAUUACUUCCAUUUUAUAAACAAAUGUAAUAAAAAUUGUGCCACAAAGUA